UCUACAUUGACGCUUUAGUCAAAUGUCACUGCCUUGAAACUUAAUUUAACAUUGACGUGUGACGCAAAUUAAGAGCAAAACCCUCGCAUUUUAGUAUUACGUCUAUAAAGAGAUCGAUAGCUGACCGACAUGGAAAACAGUACUAACGGCACUACCGUAAAUGCAACCCUGUCCGAAAGUGAAAUGGAUCCGAUGUGGAUUGGCAUUCUAGAAGCUUCGAUCUUGUUUUGCAUCAUGUUGCUCGCAAUCAUUGGGAAUUUUCUUGUUAUCGUUGUGGUCUAUCGCCGACGAGAGCUGCGCCGUACAGAAACUCACAUUUUUAUUGUGAAUUUAAGCUUGACAGAUAUCUUUGUCGCCCUCUUAUGCAUGCCUUUUUCCUUGAUAACUGCAGUGACGCAAGACUGGAUUUUUAGCUACUCGCUUUGUCAGAUGAACGGUUUCCUUAACGUAUUUUUUCUACUCACUUCUAUAUUAACCCUGACUGCUAUUAGUAUUCACAAGUACGUCGGAGUAGUCCAACCAAGCAAGAGAAAAAUAUUCACCAGAAAGACGGUACUAAUGGCGGUUGCCUGGGUUUGGUUGCAGGCCUUGCUAACGGCGCUUACUCCUAUUCUGGGUUGGAACAGUUAUGAGUACAUUCAAGGGCGAACGCAGUGCUCUGUCAAAGUUCCUCGUGAAAACAAACUCAAUGAGUUAACAAACUGUCUGUUCAUUAUCACUUGCGGCUUUGUAAUUCCGCUCGCAAUAAUGAAUUUCUCGUACUUUAAAAUUUUCCGAACCGUGAAGAUUCAUACGAAACGCGUGCGAAGUCAUUCCUUUGGCGAGGAAAAAUCUGCGGCCUUCUUGAACGAGAGACGCAUUAUAGUUACACUGUUUAUAAUACUUGCUGUGUUCCUCGCUUGCUGGACUCCGUUUUCCGUUCUUACGAUUUACGCCACUCUAGUGGGGCACGAGCUACCUAAGUAUUAUUCCGUCGCUGCCUACUGGAUGGGUUUUUUGAAUUCUGCAAUGAAUCCCUUGAUCUACGCACUCCGCACAAAAGAAUUCCGCCAAGGAUACCAGCAAAUUUUCAGCAUGUUGCUUCCAUGCUGCUUAGCAAAGCCGAGUUCGGAAGAAAACGAUUCUAGAGCGGUUCUGAGAGGAAGAAGGAGCUUGAAAAGUGAUGUGAUGACGUUUACGCGAAGACGCGCCGGUACAGUAAGUGAAAAUCAAUUAGAUGAGAUACACGAUGUUGCCGUGAAUGGAACUACUAAGGUAGCUGGGCGAAAAAACACGCUAGAAGAAGUUUUGGAGGACAAGAGCGACGGCGCUAAAUGCGAAUUUCCUCUUAGAAGUAAAGAAAUGCGUGGAAUUCAUGAAAGCUGUUUUCCUGCUCAAGAUUUCUCGAGUAGUUUGGAUAACCCAGAGAAAAUUCGAGACAGGGAAUCUCUGAAUAGCGACGAAACAAAUAGCAAUGAAAUUCCUGGUUGCAGUGAAGCACUUCACGAUGACCUAUUUCAAACAAGAGAAAGUCUGCUUCUUUGGAAUUCUACAGAUUUUCUUUUGGAGAAAGCCUCCAACAAGAACUCUGGAGAGGACGAGAAAAGUCGACGCAAAAGUUUUUCAUUUUUACCAGUAACUCAGCAAAAACACAAACUCAAGAGUCGCCAUCUGUAUCGCUCAAAAAGCGACUGCAGCGUGUUUUUCCAAACGCCUAAUGAUGAGAGAAGUUUUAUGAGUGCUCGAGUCGAAUAUCCUUAGCUUCAGGGAAAUCUGAUAUAUAUUUGAAUAACAUUUCACUUAUGGAUGUACCUAGAAGUCCUCCUUCAAAAUUGAUGCCUUGAUUACAAGUAUGUUACAAAGCCAAGAUUGUUAUCUGGAGUUCCGCGAUAUUAACUACUUGAAAACGGAAACGCAGUUACUAAAGAAUUAUGCGAGCAAUGAAUUACGACUAUUUUUGCGGCAUCCGAUACGAAAAAAUGUUAUGAAUUCGUUCCACUUGCGUAAGCACAAACAAUCAUAGAUCGUAAGAAUUUUAGUAAAAAGGUGAAUAUGUUUUGUUUUGAUGAAGGAUUUUGCGAGUAGGAACAUCAAAAUAACGAUAUGUUUAUAUCAGGGAAUUCUUUUCCUCGAGUUAUUAUCCGGGUUUUUUUAGAACAGUUGAUGAAUUAUUUUUGCGCUUAAAAUUUUUACAUAAUCUUUGUAAAUAUAUCUUUGUCACUGUUCCAAUAUUCAACUUUCAUAGUAAUCAGAAAAUUCUUUACACAAUAUAAUAUUGUUUUCGUAUAAACCCAGGGAGUAAUUAAAUUUUGUUUGAUUUGGCAUAUGUCAGUAAAUACAUACACUUGCUGCUUAAUUUUGAAACCGGGAAGGCAAAGGUUAGGUUUAGGGGAGGGGAGGCAUGGAAGGUUUUUUUUCGCAUAAUGACGAUAGGACUUGGGUUCCGUAAGGGAAAGAUUUCGGGAGUGAAAGUAUAAACAUCUAGAUAGCAGCUUUAGCACAACUGCCUGGUUCUAUAGCUUGUCCCGGCGAAAUCCGAAUGUCGAGGAAUCGAUUCUACGCCAAGGAUUCUUGAGUUUUUUCUCUUUCAAAGCUGCGACAAAACAAAUAACAGCCUUCCUUUAACGACCAGGGCCAAAAUCUACCAGCUUUUUAUUCCAUCUACACACGAGAUCUUUAUAACUUCACUGCAAUCUUACAGCUCAGGUUUGACAAUUAAAUAUUAAAAAAAAAAAGCAGCUGGAAUAAAA